GGUGCAUAGGGAGGCAGUCACACCACCAGACCAUUCAGAAUGCAAAAUGUAAGCCAAUGAGUCCCCCACACAUAUAUGCUCCAACUUAAAAAAAAGAGAAAGAGAAAGAGAAAGAGAGAGAGAAAGAAAAGAUUUUGAUUCCCAAGCUGGGCAAACCAAGCUUUAAUGGCUUUAGACAUAAAUAUAUUCCUUCUAAGUCUUAAUCUCAACAAAGAUAGCAAAGAUGAAAGAAAGAGAAUGUCUGUUCCUCCUACUUCCUAGGCAGCCUUAAAUUCCCAACAAAAUUCCUACAUUAUUUCUUUCUCAUCUGUAAGUUUCAAAUCUUUUUUUUCUUGUUUUUUUUUUUCCUCAUCCUCCAUUUAUGUUUUUGUUUCCUUCAAAUUUUUAUUUUUAUUUUUUUUCUUUCUCGAUGUGAGUCUGUGACUUACACCUGUCCAUAAUUCUUGCUUCUUCUCAACAAGAUGGGUUUUUUUAGCUUUUUUGGCCCCGUUUUGAAGCUCUGAUUUACACUUCCUGCCACUUCACUGCUUUCCAUUCCAUCCCCUUCUUUCGCUUUCUCAUACACUUUACUCUCUCAGAUUUUCCAUCUUUUCGCUCAUGGGAAAGAGAUGGGUUUCUGUUUUUUGCGCAUGUAGACCUCUAAUGUUGCAUGCUUUGCCCCUGGUGUUUGUUAUGCUGCUUUGCUCGAACUUCUCUCAGUGUGUUGAUCUGGACCCAGAAGACAAAACUUCGCUUUUUCUGUUUAAGUCAAGGGUCCAAGAUCCUAGCCGGAGUUUGUCAAGCUGGGUUGGUUCUAACUGUUCCAACUGGACUGGAACCUUCUGUGAGAACCAGACUGGUCGUGUGAUUUCGAUUAACUUGACCAACAUGAACUUGUCGGGCCAAAUUCAUCCUAGUUUGUGCAAAUUUCCAUUUCUUGAAGAGUUGGUUUUGUCGGAAAACAACUUUACAACCCCGAUCCCCGGCUGUUUCGGAAACCUGCAGAGCCUCAAAACCUUGAAUCUUAGCCACAAUAGAUUUCAUGGGGUUGUGCCUGACUCGCUCAUGAGGCUGAGGCAGUUAAGAGAACUCGUUUUGAAUGGGAACAGGGAUUUGGGAGGCCUUGUUCCUUGGUGGGUUGGUAAUUUCUCAACAAAGUUGGAGAAACUUGAUAUGGGAUUUAAUUCUUUUAGAGGAGAAAUUCCUGAAAGGUUGUUGUACUUGGAAUCUCUGAAGCAUUUGGAUCUUGGGAACAACUAUUUAUCAGGUGGUCUUAGUGAUUUUCACCAAGCUUUGGUUUAUCUCAAUCUCGAGUCCAAUCAGUUUUCGGGUACUUUGCCUUGUUUCUCUGCUUCUGCUCAAUCCCUUACUGUUUUGAAUGUAGCUAACAAUUCGAUUGUGGGAGGAAUACCAACAUGUAUUGCUUCACUUCAAGCUCUGACUCAUCUGAACCUUUCUUUCAAUCAUUUGACCUAUAAGAUACCUCCUAGACUUGUGUUUACAGAGAAGCUUUUAGUCUUGGAUUUUAGUAACAAUGAUUUGUCAGGUCCUCUUCCUAGCAAGAUUGCAGUGACUACUGAGAAAUCUGGGCUUCUUUUACUGGACCUCUCUCACAAUCGUUUCUCUGGUGAAAUACCACUGAAGAUUACAGAACUGAAAAGUUUGCAGGCAUUGUUCCUUUCGCAUAAUCUUCUUGUUGGGGAAAUUCCAGCUAGAAUUGGAAAUUUAACUUAUCUCCAAGUGAUUGAUCUCUCACACAACUUGUUGUCAGGUUCAAUUCCAUUGAACAUAGUUGGUUGUUUUCAGCUACUGGCGUUAAUAGUCAACAACAACAACCUUUCUGGCGAAAUUCAACCGGAGCUUGAUGCAUUGGAUAGCUUGAAGAUACUGGACAUUAGCAACAACAUGAUUUCUGGUGAGAUCCCACUAACUUUGGCAGGCUGUAAAUCACUGGAGAUUGUAGAUUUGAGCUCCAACAAUCUCUCUGGAACUUUAAAUGAUGCAAUCACCAAAUGGUCAAACCUCAGGUAUCUGUCCCUGGCUCGGAAUAAGUUCAAUGGUAAUCUACCCAGUUGGCUGUUCACAUUUGAAGAAAUGCAAUUGAUGGAUUUCUCUGGCAACAAAUUUUCUGGUUUUAUACCGGAUGGUAAUUUUAAUGUAAGCAGGAAUUUCAACAAUGGUGGUGGCACUGGUAAAAUGCUAAAGGAGCCAAUUGUUCCAAUGCAAAAUUUGGAUACCCAAAUUUCUAUUAUUGUAGCUGGUAGCAGCGAAUUACGCUUCAGUUACAUUCUAUCUUCAAUGGUUGGGAUUGAUCUCUCUUAUAAUUCACUAGAUGGGGAGAUUCCAGGGGGGUUUUUUGGACUGCAGGGUCUGGAAUACUUGAAUUUAUCAUACAAUGUUCUGCAUGGUCAAGUUCUGAGCUUGGAGAAGAUGCGGAGUUUGAGGGUCUUGGACUUGUCACAUAAUUCUUUUUCUGGUCAAGUCCCAGGAAACAUUUCCAGGCUUCAAGAUUUAACCAUACUGAAUCUGUCAUUUAAUGGUUUCUCUGGUUUUGUCCCAGAGAAGCAAGGAUAUGGGAGGUUUCCUGGGGCAUUUGCUGGAAACCCAAACUUGUGUGUGGAGUCAUCUGGUGAAGGGUGCGACUCAGAAAGCCUCCCAGUGGAGCCAGGGAAGGCAUUUGAAGAAGAAAAUGUUGAAGGGCCUAUUUCUGUUUGGCUAUACUGUUUAAGCACUUCCAUUACUUUCUACUUUGGGGUUGUGGCUCUCUUUUGCUCUGCUCGAUCAAGAAACUACAUCCUCCAGACAAAAGUUUAAGGAAGUGCCCGUGGAGGUGAAAAUUGUAAAAUUAAUGGCAAUGAUGGGAUCAAAGUCAAUGCCGUUCUUGGGAGGAAAGAUGAAGAGGAUAGGCUUUCAUGGAAUGUUGGAUGAGUUUUGGAAAGGUACAAAAUGUUGCGGCAUUUCUAAAAUGACAAAAUUGGUUUACGCAGAUGGUACGCAAUCGUUGAUAAAAAACAAGCCAAACAAACACAGAAAAAUUAACCAGGAAACAAUUUCUUAGUUGUCAGUUGAUGAGACUUAACCAAUCCAAAAUUAAUAAAGCAAGGCCACCAUGAAGGCUCAGCUCUCCCAAAUAUGGGAAACAUUAUUAUUUUGUUUUUUCGGGGGGUUCUCUAAGCUUGUAAAAGCAUGCAAACGCUUACUGAAUGCAUUGUAAUAUUACCCUUUCAAGUUAUACCAGUGAUGAGAUUAUUUAUGUUAUAACAAA